UGAACUGAGGUUUAAAAACGGAUAAAAUCGCUCGGAUUAGUUAGUGGCUUUGUUGAAUCGAUAUAAGCAUAAUAAGGUAUAGCAACAGUCUUGAAUUGUAUAUGGCUUACUUGGGAUGAACCCAGUGGAAGUGGAUUUAAAGUAAUAGUGGUGUCUCUUAACGCUUGGACCAUGUGGUAUCCUCCGUCGGUCUUGGUGCCGUGUUACUUGGAGCCAUACUCACGCAGAGCUUCAGACGUGUCUACUACCACAGUGAUGUGGCAGUUGAAACCGUUUGAACAACAGCUGUACCUUGCAACCAACGGAAUAAUCGGUUUUCGAGACCCUUCCCUGUAUGUGGAGGAUGGAAGGAAAUUCCUGUUGAACAAGUCUGUGUUUGAUCUUGUAAAUGUCAGUCGUUUUCUGGAGUUGACCGAUCCAAAGUUGCUUGGCUGGUAUCUUUCCCUACCAGCAGAAGACCGGAAACUGAUACAAGAAGAAGGAGGAUUUUUCCAGUUUCUGCAGAGACAUCCUGCUCUUGAAGUAACUAGGCAUAUUGUUCAUUUGAAACAGCAGGUCCUAGGAAACCACAUUACCCUUCCAGCAACUGAUAUGUCAUCAAAGCUCAACAAAUCAAGACACCCCACGUUCUAUGGUGCGUCACAGUGUCUAAACUGUGGUACAGGUUGUAUACCUGGGGCAAAAAAAUGCAGACGCUGUAACACACCCAUCUUAAACCUGCAAGAAAAUGUUUGCAUAUCAGAGGAAGAAAAAUCACUUGGCUUGCUACCGAACAGUGUGAAAGAGGAGCUGAAUCUCUUGAAAGCCAAAAGACAUGAAGGAUCAGUGAGGAGCCUUGACCAGUUAGGCCAUGUUAAGAGCACCUCAGAUACUUUGUCUGCUGCUUGGAUCGCCUCUGCAAACAGAUGCCAGCAAGCUUUAGAUGAUACUCCUGCAGCACAGAACAGUCCAUACCAGCAGGAGACAUACUCUACUGAGGCACAGUAUUUGUCUCAGCUGUGGGAGGAAGGCAUGUGGAAUGAUGCAACUGAAGUCUUUAAAGAUCCUGUGCCACAGGCAGACGUCUCACUGGACAUGGAGCUUGAGAGGCAGGGUUCAACCCUAAAGAGUGACCAAGAACAAGCUCUCAUUGACACCAGUGCAGAUUUUCUUCAUUUAAAUCAGGAAACCCUGCCAGAGUACUACAGUCUGAACAGCACUGGUUUGGAGCAAACAUCUGCUCAAUGGAGUGAUGUUACUGAGUCACUGCAGCCAGGCCACAGUGACUCACUAAUGGCCACUAAAGGCAGCACUAAAGUGUCCAGCGUUGAUGAGCCUGUAGAGGAUUCAACUGCUCCUGGUCCUGAGAAUUGCACCUUUCCUGAUUCUGUAUCCUGUAACUCCUCUGAGUGGACAGACUACACGGAGGAUUACCAAGACCUCAGCAAUGACGACAACUCGGGAUGUGAUCCAAAGACAGAUGAAUAUCAUGAUGUAGCUGAUGAAGUUCCUUCAAGCUCAGGAGCACUUGUCAGCAAUCCCAGUUUGUCAGGAUCAGGCUCUGGCUCUAAACAGCGUACUCCAAUAAGGGUACCUGAGGAGUCUUGUUUCCUCUCAGGCCAGAGUGAGCUUAACAUCAGGCCCACCGGAUCAUGUCAGAAAUGCGAGGGUUCUCCUGUUCCCCUUGGUGUGAGCAAGGCCGUGGAUGCCACUGGUGACUUCAGGUGUUGUUUUACAUCUACUCAGGCAACAGAAACUGUCCGAAACACUUUUGUGAAACCUUGCAGAGAUGUCGCUCUUGGUACUGAGUCAUUCACUAUUAACUGUGAGCAGGAGACACAGACUCUUCAAGUGUCCACUUCUGAGAAAUGUGUCAUUACUGAAGUCCGCAUGUCUGACCUGGAUGCUCUUUCUGAGGAAUUUGAGUACCUGAAAAUGAUGGAAGAGGAACUGAAAUAUUUGAAAAAGAAAAUGGCAAGUCCAGGCUGUGACGAAGGGCCUGGCAGCACAGGACCGAGGAAUGCCUGUGGUUGUGGUGCUGUCCAUCGUGCAAGACAGGCUGAGCUGCAUCUACUGGCUUUGCAGUUUGUCAUGUGCCAGCAGCACUGCUGGAGGUGCUUUUACACGUCUCCACUGGGUGAGACUGCACUUCACAGGACUGAAGCACUGCCAGGUGGGAUGUUGCAGACCCUCAAGACCCUGGAGGAUGAUUACCUCAAGAUGAAGAGGAUGAUCUUGGGAGGGAUUCACCUCGAUGACCUUGAGCCAUUGUCUGUGGACACUUGCAGAAUAACUACAGGAGCACGUUAUAGUCCUACUUUGGCAUGUUUAGGAGAUCCACUUAAGGAGGCAUCCAGCUCCAGUGAUAUUGAUGCUGAGGACCAGCUUGACCAAGCCAGUCAAGUGUUUAACAUGGAAACCAUAGAUGGAGGACUCAGAAAGACUACUUCUCCCCAGGAUAAUGCUGCCAUAUCAUCUGAAUCUAAAGGUGAUGGCAGUAAGAGAUGUAGAGCUGUGUUUGUCCUCAACCAAGAAUCGGGGGUCUCUAGUGACACUAAGCCUGGUGUUCCUAAAGACGUCAACAGCAGUGAGGCCUGGUUUGAUGCAGAGGAAGAGCUUGGAUGUGAUGACCGGUGUUCUAAGGAGGAGAAACAAACAGGACAAUAUGACAAGGGGGACAUAAAGAUGGAACAUAAAGGGGACAGAAAUGGGAAUGCAGAUCAAAGUUCCUUUCUGUAUGUCACCAACCUUCCAAGUAAUGUUACUGAGUGUGACUUGCUGCUUUGGCUUGAGCGGUAUCAUGCCAGUCAAGUGACUACUUUCAACAAAAACAGGACUGCAGUAGUGAUUGUAAAAAGCCCCAGUGAUGCAGAGAAAGCAGUAAGGGAGAUGAAUGGUCAAUCCAUUCAAGGCCACACUAUCCAUGUGGAACACAUCCACGGGUCUGCAGCAGGCAGUCAGAACCCUAUCAAAGCGCUCUGUGCUGAACGUUUUCCAGCUGCCUAUAAAGCCAGGCCUGCAGGGGAAGGGUUGCACAUGCAUGGCUCAAAGAAUGAUUUCCAAAGCUCCAGACCACUCCGCUGCAGUUUGGACAGGCUGAUCAACAUAGACAAUAAGCCCACUGCAUCUGGUACAUGUGUGCCAGAGCACUAUGCCACCAUGGGCAGCUUUGACACGCUCAUGGCCCGCUUAUCAGAGCGUCACCCCAAGGUGAGCCGACAGAGGAUUGUUGGUGCAUUGCUGGAGCUGCGAGCUAAGCACCAGGGCUCCCUUAGCGGCCUACCCCUGAAAGCUAUAGCAGACAUGGCCUCUGGCCUUCUCACUCAGCAAUGCACAGCAAAGUGAGUGGGGCAAAGGUCACAUUUCCAUUGCUUUAAAACUCUCUUAACAGUUUGAGUCUAUACCCUUUUAAUAGGAUGAGCCAUUUUGAUUUGUGGACUUUUAUUCACUUUGAGUACAUUUACAUGGUUUAUUCUGUUCUGAAGAAAAAAUCUAAAUAUUUAAGUUUUCAUUUACCUAGAAAAGGCUACCUAUAGACUCUGGCUUAAGUUAAAACAAAUAUAUUGCAGAUUGUUCAUUUUUGUUUGAUCUUCAGUCUUUAAUACUGUAUAAAGUUGAACAGCCAUCAAAAUCAGAAUAUUCUGAUUUAUUGUUUUGAAGUAAAACAGACAAUAAUGUCUUUGUGAACUGUUUCCCUUAUUUUUUCAUUACCAAUAAAUCCUUCUGUAGUUCACUGUAA